AUGUCCUACUAUCCCCCUUACUCGGGAGCUCCCGGCUACCCCCCGCAGCAACAAUAUCAAUAUCCGCCGCCCAACUACGGCGCCCCCCCUCAACCCAUGCAUCAUCAACAGUCGUCUUACGGCGGCGGGUAUCCCGGUCAGGCCUAUCGUCAGCAACAACCUAACAACGCAUAUGGAUAUGGCCAACCAUCUCCUCAGUCAUACGGCUCGCACCACAAUGGUUAUAACAGCCCGCAGCAGAAUUACGGCCCUCCCAGCGGAGGCCAUAUGUAUCAACAACAACAGCAGCAACAACAACAACAUGCCUACCAGAACCACUAUAAUCAAGGCAGCCAUGGUGCUCCAGCCCCUCCGCCCAACGAACCGGUCUCUUUCGGUCAAGGCGCUCCCCAAGAAUACGCCUACCAGUACUCACGUUGCACUGGCACGAGAAAGGCUUUGCUGAUUGGUAUCAAUUACUUCAAUCAGAAGGGUCAGCUGCGCGGAUGUAUCAACGAUGUCAAGAACAUGUCAACGUACUUGCACGAGAACUUCGGCUACCCUCGUGACAAUAUGGUGCUUCUGACGGACGACCAACAGAACCCAAAGAGCCAGCCAACAAAGGCCAAUAUUCUGCGGGCCAUGCAUUGGCUAGUGAAAGACGCCAAGCCUAACGACUCCCUCUUUUUCCACUAUUCUGGCCAUGGUGGCCAGACACCCGAUCUGGAUGGUGAUGAAGACGACGGAUACGACGAAGUCAUUUACCCCGUCGAUUUCCGGCAAGCGGGCCAUAUUGUUGACGAUGAGAUGCAUCGGAUAAUGGUCAAUCCUUUGCAGCCGGGCGUGCGAUUGACAGCCAUCUUCGACUCGUGCCACUCGGGCUCCGCGUUGGAUUUACCGUAUGUCUACUCGACACAAGGUAUCCUCAAGGAGCCCAAUUUGGCCAAGGAAGCAGGACAGGGUCUGCUGGGAGUGGUGUCGGCGUACGCACGGGGCGAUAUGGGCAGCAUGGUCUCGACAGCUGUCGGUUUCCUCAAGAAGGCAACCAAGGGCGACGAGGUGUACGAGCGCAACAAGCAGACCAAGACGAGUGGAGCAGACGUCAUCAUGUGGUCAGGCAGCAAGGACGACCAGACCAGCCAGGAUGCUCAGAUUCAGGGACAAGCGACCGGUGCAAUGUCAUGGGCGUUUAUCACCGCCCUCCGCAAGAACCCUCAGCAGAGCUAUGUGCAGCUGCUAAACAGCAUUCGGGACGAACUGUCGACCAAGUAUUCACAGAAACCGCAGCUCAGCUGCAGUCACCCACUGGAUGUGAACCUGCUUUAUGUGAUGUAA